AUGUCCGGAGCAAAUCUACACAACGCCCUCCUGCGUCCGCCCAUCAUUCAAAUCCUACGAGCUGCCGGCUUUCAUGCCACGCGACCGUCCGUCGUCGACACCAUCGCCGACCUCACUGCCCGCUACAUGAUGAUCCUGGCUUCCUCUGCGACCGCGCACGCCGCCAACGCCCACCCCAGCGACCCCAUGCCCGUUCUCGAGGACAUCUACCAAGCAUUGCAAGACGCCGGCGCCCUGCGACCCCAGCUCCGAGAGUGGGAGGAAGACUGGCAAAACGAGGAAGAUAUUCGCGGCCUGGAGGGCUUUCUGGCGUGGUUCACGGGCCCCGCGAACCGCGAAAUUCGACGCAUUGCGGGCUUUGUGCCCAGCGAAGGCGACGUGGUCGAUGCCGAUUCCCUGGAGAAGGAAGACUACCUGACGGCUUUGAAGAAGAAGCACAGCAAGACGGGCGAGGAGUCCCGGUAUGCCGGCACAGUGCUGGGGAAGAGCGCCGAGGAACACCCGGUCGUGAUUGAGGGCGGGGUGCCUAGUAUCCAGGAAUGGGGCACGCAGGUCCGGUCGAGGGCGCCGUAUCUGGCGGAAAGCGAUUCUUCUGCCGUCAGCAGUGCGCCGAGCAAUUUGUCGGAUGCGGAGGGAAUGGAUGUGUGA